CGAUUCAGUCUUGGGAGUCUAUAAUCUAACCUAAUGUUAAAAUUUUAUUCAAACUUUAUCCGUGAAAUAUUGUCGAAUGUACUCGAAUAAACUCAUUCGUGUGUCCGUUGUAUAAAAAUUGAAUUUUUUUUAAUAUACCUGUCUGUAGACGCACACUUCAAAUAUAUUUUUGUAAUUUUCAAUAAAGAUAUAGGUUACGUCUGCAUGUUAUAAAUUUUUUUCGUGUUGACAAAAUGUACAACAUGUUUUCAAGAGUGUCGCAAAAGCCGUUAAUUGUGGCGAUUAAAAGAAGUUCUACCCACACAAAAUAUUUUAAUGUCUGGCAAAGGUAUAACUUCUCUUCGCAAAGAAUACCUCCUGAUUUAAAAGAUCUGAAAGAGACCGUUACAUCAUUUCCACCGUUAACAGAACCUGUCCCAAAUUUACCAAAACCUAUUUACUCUACUGCAAAGGAAGAGCAUCAAAUAACACAAAUUACAGUUUUACCAAAUGGCUUAAAAGUUGCAUCUGAAAAUCGGUUUGGACAAUUUUGUACUAUAGGUGUUCUUAUUGAUUCAGGUCCACGAUAUGAGGUAACAUAUCCAAAUGGUAUCUCGCACUUUCUUGAAAAGUUAGCGUUUGGUUCUACAAACACGUAUGACAGCAAAGACAAGAUAAUGCUGGCUUUAGAAAAACAUGGCGGUAUAUGUGACUGCCAAGCAUCUCGGGAUACAUUUGUCUAUGCAGCAUCAGCGGAACGUCGUGGUUUGGAUAUAGUGACACAAGUCCUAGGUGACAUUGUCUUAAGACCUCAAAUUACAGAAGAAGAGGUACAAAUUGCCAGACAAACAGUGCACUUCGAAUUAGAGUCAUUACACACCAGGCCAGAACAAGAGCCCAUAUUAAUGGACAUGAUUCAUGCUGCUGCGUAUAAACUCAACACAUUAGGUCUACCAAAAAUCUGUCCACAAGAAAACAUUGAAAAGAUUGAUAGAAAAGUUUUGCACACAUAUCUCAAGUAUCACUACGUACCGGAUAGAAUGGUGGUUGCUGGAGUUGGUGUUGAACAUGACGAUUUGGUCCAAGCCGUUACCAAAUACUUUGUAGAUCAAAAACCCAUCUGGGAGGAACAGAGUGAUCUCAUUCUACCAGAUAACGAAAAUACUGUCGACAGGUCUAUCGCACAAUACAUUGGAGGAUGCAAUUUGGAAGAAUGCAACGUGCCAAUUUACGCUGGGCCUAGUGGCUUGCCCGAAUUGUCGCAUGUUGUUAUAGGUUUGGAGGGCUGUUCUCAUCAAGAUCCAGACUUUGUUGCUAUGUGUGUGUUAAAUAUGAUGAUGGGCGGCGGCGGCAGUUUUAGUGCAGGCGGUCCUGGUAAAGGCAUGUACACGCGUUUGUACACUAAUGUGUUGAAUAGGUAUCACUGGCUGUACAGUGCAACUGCGUAUAAUCACGCUUAUAUAGACACUGGUCUGUUUUGUAUUCAUGCUUCUUGCACGCCAUCUCAUGUGAAGGAUAUGGUAGAAGUAAUUGUGCAUGAAAUGGUCGCCAUGACAAGCGGAGUCUCAGAUUGUGAAUUAGCGAGAGCAAAAAAGCAAUUGCAGUCAAUGUUACUUAUGAAUCUGGAACAACGGCCGGUUGUAUUUGAAGAUAUUGGUAGACAAGUGUUGGCGACUGGUUCUAGGAAACGGCCAGAAUACUUCAUACAAGCCAUUGAUGCGAUAUCGAAGGAUGACAUCAACAGGGUAGCGCGACGUUUGUUGAAAUCGCCACCUUGCGUUGCGGCACGCGGCGAAGUAAAGAUGAUACCUUCUAUGGCAGACAUUCGAAACGGCUUGAUCGACGCGCAAGCGAGAGGGAAAGUAAAAACUAUACCCUUAACCAGAAGCUUAACACAAGAUACGCAAGAUUGAUUUGUUAGCUCUCGUGUAAUGGCAUUCUCGUUAUAUUCAAUAAUGAAUUUAUGAAGAAACAAAAUGUAUACAAAACCAGAGUCAAGUUUUGAUACCAAAAAUUGCGUGAGUUUUGCGUUUAAUAAAAUUUUUCAUUAUGAAGUCAA